AUGGCCCAUGGGGGGAGGGAGAGCUCGCCGAUGGCCGGUGCCGACGAGCUUCAGACGACCUGUCGGCUGUGCAAACACCCAUCUCCAUCUCGCCAUGGCCACGUUCCUCGCAUCGCCAUCCGUGCCCUCGCUCCUUGGCCGCCGUCUUGUCAGGUGCACCGUCUCCGUCGCUCCGUCGUUUUGAGUCACAAUCGACUGGCCGCCGUCGCUUUGUUUCACUGGUCUUUCACAUCGCCCCGGGAGAGGGGCGCUGACGAGCAAGCUGGCCUUUCGGAAGAAGGCGGCGGAGAUGCCCUUUCGCCACCUCACCCUUCACGGCGAACCCAGAAGGAAGCAGGGGUGCGGACGGUACGGAGCGUUGCUGAACAUGCGAGAAUUCAAUCCUACGGACCAGUGCCUGCAUCCCACGUCGCCCUUCCUCGGAUCCUGCCCGUCCCCAACGGCACCGGCUGGAAAGCGCGCGAUGCUCUCGACGAAACAAGCAGACCUAGAAGCAGACCUGGAAGCAGACCUGGAAGCAGAGUGACCGCUGCACGCAUUCAUUCCACCCACUCGCUUUUAUGCAUUGCUUGCUAUCGUGAGUUCAAACUGCACAACGGCCUCGAGGUUCGUCUCCUCCUUGGCGCUGAUGCCGUAGCAACACACCUCGCGGUUGUGGAUGCUCUUGAGGUCCAUCUCCUCGAUCAACUCGUCGACCGUCAGCUUCUGCGGCAGGUCGGACUUGUUGCCGAGCACGAGGAGCGGGAUGCCGGCCAGGGACGCGUGGGCCAAGAGCGAGUGGAGCUCAUCCUUGGCCUGCGGCAUCUGCGCCGGGUCGGCAAUGUCUACGAUGAAGACGAUGGCGUUGACGCCGCGGCAGUACCUCUCCCACAUGCACCUGAACCGCGGCUGACCACCUAUGUCCCAGCACUUGAUCGAAACGUGCCCGCGAUGGACGCGUUUCAUGUUGAAGCCGACGGUGGGGAUGGAGCUGGAGCAAAGGCAGGACCGGGCGCGUCCGGUGCUCGCGAGGAAAAGGGACACGGCCGUACCGCCAGCACCCUCAGCAGAGAUGUCUUGCCGGCAUUCUGCAGACCGACCAAGGUCACCUCCAUCUCCAUGGACCUAAUUUUCCGUCAGCCUGGACCAUGCUCCGGCUGCGGAUCGGACACGUUCAAGCCUCGUCGCAGAGGCCGUCAAAGACUGGGUCAACGACCCGUCGAUUGCACCAUGGCGGCGGCACCAGUGCCGAUGGACUCACCAAAAGGUCCGAAGGAGCCAAUCGUACACCUUUCGAAACAGGCCUGCCAUGUUGACGUCGGCUCUCCCGAGGGAUCGUACGGAGGAUGGGUCCCAACGGCGACCGUUUGCGCGAUGAGAGCCGGCGAGGAGAUGGGCUUCGGUCGAGGCGACGACGACGACGACGACGACGACGACGACGACGACGAGCGCCUUGGAUCAAGGAAUGGCAAGAACGCUACGCAGCCGCCGCCGACGAGGGCGCUGGAUGGACGAGUUCGCAGGAACGAUGCGUCGUUUCGGCCGCGAGAGGGACGGUCCGCCGGUGGAUGGGCGAGCGCAACCUCUCCCACCUAG